AUGAAUCCAAGGCUUGAUGCCAUUGAGGCUUCAAUUUCUGAGAUGAAGCAGUUGCUUAAGUCCCACCUUCUCGGAGACACCCAGCCCGCAAUAAAAAGGCCUACAAUUGAUAUUCCGGGAGGGAACAAUGAAUCGAACACCGCGAAAGAUACCAAUGAUAGUGAACAUGAUAUGGUCGUGUCUCCAAACACAGAUACUAAAGCAACGAUUGAAGUCCAGCCUGCGCCAAUCACAGUUGUCCGUCACGUUGGGAGUUUGAUCACGGAGCCCGUGACAAUCGGAGAAAACGACUCGCUCUUGGGACAUAUGACCGAGAUGGGUGUGGACUCGCAAAACUUUUCUGGGGUUUUCCAACAUGGAUUUGAGCAAAUAGCUUCAUGGUAUCCUUUUCCACAUGAGACACUGACAGAUCUCAAACGAGAUCAUCCGCUGCUCUUCGCAAUGUGUCUGCUAGCAGGCAUUCGAGCAACCGAGGGUCUUAAUCGCUCUGAUCUCCAUACCACGCUUCAUGCACUGGUCAAAACUCACUUGGGGAAGAAGACCUUAGAUACACCUAUCGAUCUCUCUACCAUCCACGCCAUGCUGAUCUUCAGCGCUUGGAGCUUUGGACCUCUUAUACCUGGUGGUAGAUACAUUGAUAGCUGGCUGAUGAGCAGUACAACCAUUACUCAUUGCAUGCUAAGCUUUCCCCUACCUGAGCUUAGCUCUCUCACUGGGUUUUAUGAUCAAACAAGCCGCAACAUGUGCAGAAUGUGGAUACAGGCAUCGCUGGUACACUUGAAAUUUGCCAUUGGAACAGGUCGACCAUCUGUGGUUGGGUGCGAGCGUCUUCAUCAGUGGACGGAAAUUGUCAAAUACCCUGGGUUUGAGCCAUUCGACCAUCUUAUUGCAGCAGAGCUCAAGCUUUAUAUCAAUCUCUACGAAGCAAUCUAUCAACCUGUUAGCUCGGUUAGCAAAGCCUGGGAUAUGGUCAACAGGUGGGGACGCAACUUUCUCACAGACGGUAACACUAUACUGAGAUGGGCCCAUUCUUGCGCCUCUCUCAUCUUGUCUCGAUGGGAGCUAGCAAAGCAGGAUCAAUCCAUAUCUCCGAACUCGCCAAAUCGCAGUGGACACAUAAACAGAUUGACUGAAACGGUCAUUCGGCAUGCUAAACUGGUGCUGGAAGAUAUUCUCGUGCUUGGUUCCUCCAAUACUGCAUUUGUUAGACCGACAUACGACUACCUCCUUGCUGCAUAUGCGGGCGUCACUUUAGCAGAAUAUUGCUCAAGUAUACCGGACGUGCACGCAACAUAUACGUUGAUGGAGAAUGUUCGGACACAGGCCAGAAUCCCUAGAAGUAUAGAGGGGGUAUUCAGUUGGGCAACGAACGUUGUGCGAAAGAAAGCCAGGGAUCUUUUGGAUUCAACUGUGUCGAUCAAUGUUGAUGACAACUUUUAUUCAUAUCCACUGUCCGUCGCAGAAUGGGCACCGUUUCGUUUUAUUGAUUCAAUGCCUGCGGCUGAAUGGGAUGGAAUGAACGGGUCUAUGCAACACUUCUAA